AAAUGCACCUGCUCGCCUGGAUGGACUGGACACAACUGUCAGCAGGACAUAGAUGAAUGUACUGGAAAGCCUUGUCAACAUGGGCGCUGUCUGAACAAAGAUGGCGGAUUCACCUGUACCUACUCACCUGGAUGGACUGGAAAGAACUGUGAACAAGAUGUUGACGAGUGUGUGAGGAACCCUUGCCAGCACGGGACUUGUGUGAACAAAGAUGGUGGAUACACCUGUACCUGCUCACCUGGCUGGACUGGGCAGAACUGUCAGCAAGGCAUACAUGUAGAUGAAUGCAUCGAAACACCUUGUCAACAUGGACGCUGUGUGAACGAAGAUGGCGGAUACAAAUGUACCUGCUCACCUGGAUGGACUGGACAGAACUGCCAGCAAGACAUAGAUGAAUGUACUGAAAAACCUUGUCAACAUGGAACAUGUGUCAACAAAGAUGGCGGAUACACCUGUACCUGCUCGCCUGGAUGGACUGGACAGAACUGUCAGCAUGAGAUAGAUGAAUGUACUGAAAAUCCUUGUCAACAUGGACGCUGUGAGAACAAAGAUGGCGGAUACAAAUGUACCUGCUCACCUGGAUGGACUGGACACAACUGUCAGCAAGAGAUAGAUGAAUGUACUGAAAAUCCUUGUCAACAUGGGCGCUGUCUGAACAAAGAUGGCGGAUACAAAUGUACCUGCUCACCUGGAUGGACUGGACACAACUGUCAGCAAGAGAUAGAUGAAUGUACUGAAAAUCCUUGUCAACAUGGACGCUGUGAGAACCAAGAUGGCGGAUACAAAUGUACCUGCUCACCUGGAUGGACUGGACAGAACUGUCAGCAAGACAUAGAUGAAUGUACUGAAAAACCUUGUCAACACGGACGCUGUGUGAACAAAGAUGGCGGAUACAAAUGCACCUGCUCACCUGGAUGGACUGGACAGAACUGUCAGCAUGAUAUCAACGAGUGUGUGAGGGAACCUUGUCAGCACGGCGACUGUGUGAACAAAGAUGGCGGAUACACCUGUACCUGCUCACCUGGAUGGACUGGGCGGAACUGUCAGCAACACAUAGAUGAGUGUGCUACAAAACUAUGCCAACAUGGAACCUGUGUGAACAAAAACGGCGGAUACAAAUGCACCUGCUCACCUGGAUGGACUGGACAGAACUGUCAGCAAGACAUGGAUGACUGUACCCGGAAACCUUGCCAGCACGGAACCUGUGAGAACAAAGAUGGCGGAUACAAAUGUACCUGCUCACCUGGAUGGACUGGACAAAACUGUCAGCAAGACAUAGAUGAGUGUGCUACAAAUGUCUGCCAACAUGGACGCUGUGAGAACAAAGAUGGUGGAUACAAAUGUACCUGCUCACUUGGAUGGACUGGACAGAACUGUCACCAAGAUAUUGACGAGUGUGUGAGGAACCCUUGCCAGAUCGGGACUUGUGAGAACAAAGAUGGCGGAUACAAAUGUGCCUGCUCACCUGGAUGGACUGGACGGAACUGUCAGCAAGUUGACGGAUGUGCUAGGAACCCAUGCCAGCACGGGAUUUGUGUGAACAAAGAUGGUGGAUACAAAUGUACCUGCUCACCUGGAUGGACUGGACAGAACUGUCAGCAAGACAUAGAUGAGUGUGCCGGAAAUCCCUGUCAACAUGGAACAUGUAAGAACCAAGAAGGCGGAUACAAAUGUACCUGCUCACCUGGAUGGACUGGAAAGAACUGUCAGCAAGACAUAGACGAAUGUGUCGGGAAACCUUGUAAACAUGGACGCUGUGUGAACCAAGAUGGCGGAUACAGAUGUCGGUGCGAAAGGGGAUGGAGAGGACAGAACUGUGACCAAGACAUAAAUGAGUGUGCCACAAAUCCCUGUCAACAUGGAACAUGUAAGAACCAAGAUGGCGGAUACAAAUGUACCUGCUCACCUGGAUGGACUGGAAAGGACUGUCGGAAAGACAUAGAUGAGUGUGCCGGAAACCCUUGCCUACAUGGACGCUGUGAGAACCAAGAUGGUGGGUACACCUGUACCUGCUCAGCUGGAUGGACUGGAAAAGACUGUCAGCAAGGAAGCACCAGCCGUGGGCAACUGUAUAAGAGCCUGGGUUGCUUCAGGUACAAAUCUGACCCCGCCAUUCUGAUUCUCGAGAGGACAGACCCACGCCUAGACGACAACUACAGGCACCGUACCGACGCGAUUGAGAAGUGUUUCCAGGUGGCGCUUUCCCGUGGUUUUAACGUGUUUGCUCUCACGUUUGGCGGGUCCUGCUCUGGAUUAGCUUCUGGUCCCACCGUCUACACGAAGAACGGACCCCCCAGACACGGUUGUGCUGCGGACGGUACAGGCGGGAUUUUCGCACAUGAGGUCUACCAGAUCUUAGGUAAGACUCUGUAG